AUGUCUUCCUUUGUGGCACUCGACCACUUCACCGUCGCUACAUUGACGGCAAUCUCGGCUGAUGAAAAGCCCACCUAUAACACCCUCAAGAUCAUCCACCAAGAGUUGAAUGCCAAUGCCAUGGCCAUUCCUUCCACUCUUGGCGGAGGCAACUACGGCCAUCUCGCCCUAGUCAUUCCCCCUGCAGCAUUUACUGCACUCCCCAAUGCCGUCCCAUGGGUCACACCAGUCCACCCAGGGCCAAAUCCCAUCCAUGGCGAUGCACCCACCAGUGCACAAAUCACUGAAACCAACCGCUUGUACGCAUCCAACGAAAAAACAUUUUUAACCUACCGAGCAACAGAAACGGCACUCCAAAAGCAACUCCUACAGGCAAUCCCCGACACAUUCAUCAAGUCAUUGAAGCACGAAAUGUACGGAUACGCCCAGGUGACAGCAUUGACCAUCCUAACCCACUUGGAUGCCACAUAUGGCAAAGUCAAUGCCGAUGACUUGGAAGACAACAUGAACAGAAUGCAUGCCGAAUGGAGCCCCAUCCAACCAAUUGAAGACCUCUACAACCAGCUCAAAGAUGCCCAGAAAUUUGCAGCAGAUCACGACAUUAUCUCAGACAAAAUGGCAGUCAGAGCAGCCAUCAAAAACCUCUCCAACAGUGGAGUUUUCACCGAUGCAAUCAAGGAUUGGAGGAAGCUAGAUGACGCCGAGCAAACCUUCCCCAAGCUCGAAUCCCACUUCACGGCCGCUGACAAGGAAAGGCGCCGCAUCCUCACACCCAAAGAAGUGGGCUACGCGAACAAAGCUGUGGAAAAGCACAGCAACGAAAAAGGACACAAAAUCACUUUGGAUAACGGAGCACCAAUGUAUUAUUGUUGGUCGCACGGACUUGGAACGAACAGCAGCCACACCAGCAAGAACUGCACCAAGAAAGCACCAGGACACAUGGUCGAAGCCAAUGGCAACGACAUGCUAGGAGGAUGCUGCAUCAUCCGUCGCAAAGCAGGAGAGCGAGCUGUCUACAGACGCCCUCAACGCGAAAACGAAGAGAACCAACAGCCCCCAGCGACUCGCUGA